CGUGACAGUAGAAUUUUGUGGUCCAACGAACAAAUGUAAACAUUACCUUGGAGCAUCUUAUUUCUCUUUUCCAAAACGUGUGAAACAAAUUUAAGAAAAACAACGCAACUUAAAAGUGUGUAGACUUUCCCACAAGUCGAGCUACGAAAGCCGAGCUCGGAAAGCGAAAAAAGGGUAACACUGGCAGCAGAUCGUCACGCAAAGGAGACAAGUGUGACAUUACCUGACGUUGCGCGACGACCCAAAGAGGAGAUUAGCCUUGUGGAAUACGUCAUGUUAUGAACCUGUUCCGACAAGCGCACACAUGGGGCAAGAGGUCACAACUGUUCCACUGUUUCGUCGUGCUUUCCUUGUUGUUGCAGUCUAAAUUAAACAUGGAUACGUGCAUAUCUCAAGAAAAGCAAAAUCCUCAUCAUUUCCGCAAGUACCACACGCCGUUUUGUGAGGACACGUGUGUCAUAAAACAUCACGACUUGGUGGCAGCGUUAUGCGUGAACUGGCGUUAUGUCAGAAUUCACCAGCCCGGGAUAUUACCACCAGUGUUGACGGAAGCCAUUGAAUCCACGACGCUGUCGGGCUGGGAUAAGAACGGCGACGUACCUGAUCCUUUGGAGGAGUUACGAUGCCCGCUGCUCUACCUAGCGUGCGCAUUUGGAAAGAGUGGAAUCGUGGAGGGACUUCUUCGACACAAUUUUGAUCCAUGUGUGGUAAACCAACAUGGCGAAACAGCCUUACACGGGGCUGCGAGGCAUUUAUACAACACCGGAACGUCUUCGCGGAAAGAAAAGAUUGGCAAGAAUGUCAGCACUAAAAAAGGCCGAGAAGAAGUUUUUUUCAGCAUAGUGUCGCUACUGACUAAAUAUAACCCCAGAUUAUUGGCCUUCAAGGACAACAGUGGUUUCACAGCGUUCCACUUGUGCGCUACGAACAUCACAUACACUAACUCGAACAAAAGCGCGUCUUUUCAUCAAUUCUGUUUAAAGGUUAUGAUCAAACGAUUGUUUGAACUUGAAGCCGCUUCCUUGUUGUCAAAAUAUGAAGUGAUGGAAAUCAUUAAAGCCCCAGACAAUGAGCACGGUGAUUCUAUUUUGCAUAUUCUGGCCAGAGACAGAAAGGAUGGUUUUGAGGUCCUGAAAUUCGUUCGCCUCUUUGUUCUAUUGGGCAUAGGAACUGAAUUGCCAAAUGAGAAAAACUGGACAAAUGAAACAGUGUUUUCAAUCGCUUGCCAGACGAAUGCACGCGGCGCUGAGGAAAUAUUUCCGGGCUUAUCAUGUGCGAACAGCUGUCAACAUUAUUUUGAUUGGCAAUAUCAAGAUCCUUCAGCUACCACACAACCCGAAAUGUUGCGAGGAACUGGGGUUCAAGUGGCAAACAUCGACACCAGUAUACCACAGGUAUACCACAACUUUGAGGAUGCCGGUUUUCCCACAGGACACCCAUUCGCGGAGUUGAAUGCCACUUCUUCGAACCCGAAUGUUGAUCACGCUGUUCCUCGUGUCCUCAUAAGUAUGCCGAAGAUCACCAACACGUUUUCGCUGGCCGGAGAAGAAGCUUGCGAAGAGAGAAGUCAAGGGUCUUCCAAAACAGAAUCUGCAGAAAACUCAAGUACAUCAAGUGGUGACGUUGAAGUCAUUGAAACUUGGGCAGCUGAUAAUCGCUGGGACUGGGGUGAGCCACACACUGAUGAAGUUAGCCAAUCAGCUUGCAGUGAGAAUGCGGAAACUUACAGCACAUCUUCAAGUGAGGUUGAAAUCGUGGAAUCUUGGGAGUUAAAUGAGUCCUCGGAUCUUAGCCUGUCGCCAUGUGACGAAGCUAGGAACACUGAAGGAGAAAGUUCUUUUCUUGAAUUCGUGUUAACUGAGGGAAGUUCCCUGGAUGCGCUCUCAAAGAGGGACAUCGUGGCUGUAGUCCUGACAAAGCAUAAGGAAAAAAUACGUGAACUGGAAGACAGCAUACCGCAACUUGAAGAUAUGUUAACAGAAAGCGAAACGAGUAUAGUUCAGAAGACUGCAAGACUGAACUCAUUACAGAAGGAAGUAGAUUCGUUGAAAAAGGAGAUUGCCGAAAAAAACAAAUCCAGGAACGAACUGCGACAGAAAAUUGACCUGAUGAAUGAGGAGAAGAACAGCCUUAGGAGAAGGGUGGAACAUUGUCAGGAAACCAAAGAGCUGCUUACAAUCCCUUUUAAAAAGGCUCGAGUAUGAACAGUGCAUUAAGUUUAUCCACUUAAAAGCUUUUUUCACGGAUAAUAAUACCUAAUCGUACCCUUGGUCUAGCAAUGUGGCUGAACUACCGUAUUAAGCAUACCCAAAUUUGGACGUCAUAGCCAUAUCAGAUCAGUGACUUGAUAUCGAAGGAUACCAGGACAGUAGACACAACUUCUGUAUGGUGACUUAAUACAAAUGUGGGUACUGUGUCCAUAUGUGGUCAAGAAGUCCUUGUUAUUUGUCAUCCGUACCCCUACAUAGACUUGCAAUAUCUUUAUCAGUUCAGUAUAGUUUCCUGAAUACUCGGACUUGUGCUCCAGAAUUCUCUCCGGCAUCUUGCAAAGUGCUGUACAGCCACAGGUUACCUCGCCCUGGUUGUAAAAAUAUGAUUCGUUGACAUUUUGCUGAAUAAUUGAACGAUUACUGACCAUGCUCAAUCUUUCAUGCGGAAUAUCGUCUCUGAUUCUAGCCAAAUGAGGAUCGGUAUCAUAGAAACAAAUUUCAAACGUAUAAGGAGUGCAAUUCAUUUAGGUAAUGCUUUAUUUUGCAGAGGAACGUUUAAAUCGAUUGCUGAUUUGCAUUUUAUAUCAACAAAUAGUUAGAAGAUUAUAAGAAGUUUGGUUCUUCAGUCUGGCUCAAUUUAAGUGAGCUCUGUCCUAAUUACAACUCGAGGUAUUUAUAUAUGUAGUUGGCAUAUACUUUGGCGAGGCAAUCACUACAAAUUCAUUUCGUUGACGUAUCUGAGACGAACGGCCGACAAGACUGUCGGUUUUUUUUUUUUUGUGCAGACCACGUGACCCCAAACGAUUGGCCGCGACGAAACAUCGAGGCCUAAGAACUUAGAAACGUUUUAUGAAGAUAAUUCUACAGAGUUUGCGCAAAAUUAACAUGAAGUUGAUAUUUAUGUAUAUGUUUUUGCUUAUCGACAUUUAAGAUGCCGAGUCAUGUUGAAGUGCCAUUGGCCAUUACUCGACUUGGCUAUAAGUGUCACGUGAUGUCUUGCACUUAUUAUGUAGAAAAUGGAGCGGUUUUCAAUUGAGCCGGUGUCGAAAGUAAUUAGACAAUUACUUUGGUUUUGGUUUUGGUUUUACGACACUCAAUUGAAAACCGCACUAAAGAUACCGAACAGUGAACGAUACGCAGUGCCAGAACUCUCAGGAAAACAAAAUCUUUACUGAAAUGCAUCGAAUAUGACUAUAAUUGAAUCACGCUCUUUAGAACAGUCGAAAAGAAGUAGUUCCUCCUUACUGAAUGUCGCUUUUUUAUAAGUUCUAGUUCCACUUUUCGAUAGAAGCGCCCCCUUUACGAAAUUGACAUAAAAAUUACUCAAUACACGAGUGAAUUAUGUAGUCGGCUUUCUCAUCUGAACGUAAUAUUGAACUUUUGUACAGACGAAAAGAAUAUGUUGUGGUUCAUUAGAAAGUUUUGUGAUUACAGUCCAUUAAUGAUUUAUGAUUAACAAUGUUUUCCAACAAAUAAAUAAACAAACAAAUAAAUAAAUAAAUAAAU